UUCUACAUUUCACACCCCCCUUACUCUGUUUUCACGGAGGUAUUUGCACAGUUCGUAAGUAGCAUCAGACUUGGAUUCUUGGUGAAAUACUCACUUGCCAUUGCUAAGAUGGCUCUGUGAGUUACUGAAAGACCCUUUUAAACUUCACCCCUUCCCACUGCUCUGGGGUGCUGUUAGCUAGACCUGGUCUCUUCCUCAAAUGUGCUGUCUUUCAGAAAUCUUGGGGGAAUUCAUGGUAUCUGUUCUUCUUUCCUCUCACCUUGUCUGCAUCUGUACUUGCGGCCAUUGUAUCAGCUGUGCACAUAGUAGAAACUUGCCAUGUUUUCUGAGAAUACAUCUUACUCCUCCAGGUCAAUGUCCUCAGCUAGGGUACCUUGAGCCCUACUCUCAGUUGCUGCUUAAGUCCCUGAAGGAAUUGGUUGUCCAUUUCUCCUCUUGGCAACUUCCUGAGGCCACUCCACUGUAGCUGUAGGCCAGGUGCUCUCCCUUUUUUGGGAUGUCCGACCCAGGCCACAGUUCAUCUGUCCCAGGGUGCUGGCUGAUUGGCAUGUCUGUCCACAUGUGUUCCUGAUGUCUUUCCAUUGUGACUGUGCUUGUGUUUACAGAGAUGCUUGCUCUUUUACAGGUGUGACUGACAAGGUACUCUCAGCGUUAGAGACAGUGAUGACGAAAUCCAGCUUUCUAUUAAAAAUCAUGUUGCCAUAUUGGGAGCUGGCAGUGAGCAAGUUUAAGUCGCACAGGUGACGAGGGUGGCACGGUGCUCUUGGUGCUUAGCUGUCCUUCAUCUAAAGUUGGCUUACUGUCCCAACCAAGGGGGUAGAGGUAACUCCCUCAGAUUAGACUGGGUGUAGAGCGCCUUCCUCUGCUGACUCAGACAAGCCGUGACUGAAAUACUCUGUAUCAUCCUCUUGCAGCCAUUGAUAGAACUUUUGGUUGUUGUUGUUAGAAUAAGCUUCGUAGUAUUUUUCUGAGUUCUUCCUGUAAGUAAAACAUCGAACCUAUCCUUAGAGAACUGUUUGGGGGUUGCGGGGCGAGGAAGACAGAUAAGCUGGCCAUGUAUUCCCUCAAAGAUAAAGCCAUGCAAAAGCCAGGCACAGCGUGUUUUCAGAGAGGCAGAGACUGGAGAUCCAGUGAGUUGGUCAUUACUUAUCCUCAGGUGACCUCAUUCUUGGAUUCACUUUUUCUUCAGCCACUCCCUGUAGCUCUGCUGUUCUGGCCAUCCUCAAAAGUAACAUGUGGCAUUUAUAGAUACUUGAUGACAUUUUGUUCUACUGAAACUACAAAAUGCUUCAUCAAGCUUUAAAACACCAACAAAAAAAAAGGAAGAAAGAAAGAAAGAAAGAGAACAAAGAAAAGGAAAGAAAAGAAAAGAAAAGAAAAAAGGAAGAGAAUCGGUCCUUAUUUUGCUUCUCCCAUGGCAGGUUUGCCGACUGCACCAUGCUGUUGCUGUCACAGCUAGAAGCUGGACUCAGGAGAGUUUUUGCUACAGUUAAUAAAUGUCCUGAUAGACUGCUCACAGCUGAGUCAACAAUUCUAUAUACCACGUUCGAUGAAAUACUAGCAAAACACAUGAGUGAUGGUAGCAUCAACCAGCUUCCGUGUUUCCUGGGGGAGCCUGCCAUGGACUUCUUGUGGGAUUUCCUGAACUAUCAGGAGGGUCCUCGUAUCCGGGAUCGUUUAAGCCACGGGGAGAUCAACAUACGUGAAUUUCCCAAAGCAGCAGCAAGCCAGCUGCUCACAUUCUGCCUGGUGCUCCUGCUCAGAUUCACUGAGGAGGACACACUGUCAGAACUAAAGGAGGAAGCAGCAAUACAGUUGCUGGUUAGUCUUGCAGAACGUUACAGGUCUCGCUGCCAUCCAGCUUUCCAGCUGCAAAAACAGGUGCUGAGCUGUGAGAAAAGCCUCAGGAUGUGGCCUGUGCUGCCUUUGCCAGAAGAGUGCUGUCAGGAAGCAGGCAGAUCGGAAGGUAAUUCGGAAGCAUGUGCCUGCAACUCUUUAAUUAGCAAGAUUCUGUGUGAGCUCUGCCACUACCUGCCUGCGAGUGCCUGCGCUAUAAAUGGCUUGGACGGUCUUCCCUCAGAGAAGUGGUCCCAGCUGCUCAAUGAACUCUGUAACACACGCAUUCCUACACUGUUCUGCCCCAAAAUUGUUCUAGAAGUUCUGGUUGUGCUCCGAGGCAUCAGCUCCCAAUGCCAGCGCGUAUCUGACCAGGUCAUCGCCUCUUUGCAGCUGAGACACAGGCAAUGGGUGGAGCACACGUUGCGCUCUAGGCAGCGUCAGAACUAUGUGCGCAUGCUCAGCAGUGUUGGACUUUUGUGUCCUGUGCUUUCCCUGAUUUUGUUGCUCCUUGCACUGGAAUUGGUCAGUGUUCAUGCUGUUCAUGGUAAAGAUGCUCAGGAACGACAGCAGUAUCUGAGGUUCUUAAAACUGAUCCUCCAAUACACUGAGAACCUAGUGGCCUAUACCAGCCGACAGAAGAACAAAUGGAAUGAAGCCGUCAGUCUCACACGUGCAGUUUUGUUGAGAAUUUGGACGUUCAGUGAGAAGAAACAAAUGUUAAUACAUUUAACCAAAAACACAAAUAAAGUUGACACAGGCUGACACGCUUUCUGUCAGAAUUGUCAUCUACGUGUUUCCACACAGAAGAAAAGGCUUCACAUCCAGCACAAUUAAGAAACACAUACCAUGGUAGUGCAUGAGUGAGGCCAGGUGAUAGAAGUUUAGAGCCUUCUUUUCUCCUUACGUCUUAGUAGAGGAAGCAGUUGCAUGAUACAUGUACAAAUUCAAGGUUCUGAAAAAUCUUGAGUUGAUGAUUCUUGUUGAUUGAAGGUGCUACCUGUAUGGCCCCAGCCAAUUGCCAAGUGUACUUAAAAACAAGGCUCACCCUGGCCUGCAGUACCUGUAGGGCUGCUCAGGGCUGACCAGGUCUAUGAAGGAAAUAGAGAACAGAAGACACAGAAAGCACAUGUAGAGGUUCUGAAAGAUAAUGAAAUAAACGGAAUGACUUCUUCA